AUGUCGCAGCACCCAUGAGUCAAGGCGCCAUCACCCCGCCCACAGCCCCGUUACGGCGUCUGUAGUGCUGUGCUGUGCUGUGGCCGCUCGUGACACCCCGAACAAUGCUGCACGGGAGGCUUUGAUACGCGAACUGGACUCAGACAUGAAGAAAUGGUCCUGAGGGGAAUCUGUAUUGGUCUCUGCUCUCUGCUAGGUUUAUAUGGAGCAUUUGGGAAAGAAUUCUUGAUAGACAAUGACACUCAGACAAAGUUUGUCAAGAUGUACGAAAACGUAACUUUGCCCUGUCCACACACCACUGAGACAGCACCAUCUUGGCAUUGGAAAAGGAGGCAAGUAAGUCACGAGAAAGUAUUGGACGAUAGCUCACUCUUCAUCAACAAUGUGUCGGAAGUCGACGCAGGCCUCUACAUCUGUUUUAGUGAGGAGACUGGAAGAGCCGUCUAUUCAGUCCGUCUUUUUGUGGGAGUGCCACCAGACCCACCAGAGAAUGUGACAGUGCGAGCGCUGACCAUCUUUGUGGUUGUGACAUGGCACCUCCACCUCGACCCGGAGUGGGAAGAAGAUCUCCAAGGCCCCCGCACCACCUUCCACCUGCAGUACCGCCCAGAAGAUUCACAAACGUGGCGCCAGCCGCCCUCACACAUCAGUCCAACACAGGGACAGGUGGAUGUGUGCAACCUGAGCCCCAACACCACCUACGAGUUUCAAAUAUGGACAGGCAAUAGGUUCGGCAAGAGUGAAACUGUCUCGUUCAUCGCCACAACUCUUCCCUCUUUCUCAGAGAUGGAGCAAGCCAAGAGGCUGGAGGGCUUACUGGAAGAUUUCAACCCGCUAGUGUGGGUGGUGGCAGUAGUCAUAGUAAUGGUUGUCACCAAUGUGCUUGGGGGCCUUCUCCUCCUUGCUUACUACUUCCAGCACAAAAUUAAGAAAUCAGGUGACCCAGACGAUGCAGAAAAUAUUGAGUUGGUUCCACAUAUCAUUGAGAAUCCCGGGUACCAGGUGGAUGGCUCUCACAACCUGGAGACCAUUCACGAGUCCCUCCUAUCCACCUCACCCAGUUCCCAGGGUGCUGCAGCAGUGUUGUAGGCAUGACCCAGGCAGAGGAGAGAGGUGUGUGACCUGACAACUUGUUCAGGUGAGAUGGGCAGCCUAGCAAAGGAUUACAUUAUGAGAGUUUGUCCUCACUUAUAUCUCAUUUGUCAUUUAAGAUGAGAGAAUAAUUACUCCUCUAGGGCAGUGUACAAGAUAUGGUAAAGUAGGUAAUGUAGAAGGAUACCAAAAUAAGUUUCUAAGUCUAAACCAAAAGCUUAAGUAUUAGGUAUGAUAUUUAUUAUAAAAGUAUUAGGUAUGAUAUUUACUAUUAUAACUUUAUUGGCAUUUUAGCUUUCUUUUGUUUUUGCCAUGCAUUUUCUACACACCCAAAUGAGGAAGUUUUCUUUGAUGUGGUCCAGGUCAGAGAAGGUAAAGCAUGGUUGAAGGCAAGUCUGGUCUAGAGUGUUCAGCCCCGGGGUGUGUUGGGCAGUUCAUGUUGGUGGCCAAGAAAACAGUGGAACUCCUUGACAUUGUUCUGCCAAAGAUGUUAAUUUCCAUAAUGUUAAAUAGAUCUUUUAUAUGCAAGGGUGAUGGCCGUUUUAUAUAUAUUUUGUGAAUGUACGUACAGUGUAUAUAUAAUUUAAUUGUAAGAGUCAUUCAUAAACUUGUGGUGAUAAUUUCCAUGACAAUGGUCACUAUGACUUCUUUGAUAUGGCAAAUAUAGAGGGUGUUGGGUCCCAUAGGGCAGCUGAUAUCUCUCUUCAAUUUUUUAUUUUGUCUGUAUGGAAUUUUCAUUGAUGUGAUGGGAGAUGAAAUAUAUUUUCCAGAAAGUCAUUUUCUUCCAUUUAUUUGUUUAAUGGAUCUGGUCCUUUGACAUUUGAGUGUCACUGAAUUGUCGGUCUCAGUGGUAAAUGUUUGUUGUGUCAUCCUGUGAUCUUGAAUGUUGGAUCUUUGCAGCCUCAUGCAGCCUCCUGUUUUAUGACUUCUUUAGGGAAUUUAGCAUGCACAAAAUCAGUGUUGUAAUAUGUUCCAUUAUAAUGGCUAACUGUGAGAUUAAUGAUUCUACUCAAUAUACUUAUAUCAGACAUCUGGGCUAUAUUCCAAGUAACCUCAGCGUAUCACGUAGCCUCCAUGUAGACACAGUGACUGUUCUUGUAAUGCACUGUUGUUUUUGUUUAGGAAGAAAAUACAGUAUUAUGAGCCUUCCCAUACAAGUUAACUACAAAUAUUGUGUCUGUUCUCACAUGCUCAUCAUCCGAGGAGUUUAAUAUUACUGGCAAUUGCAAAAACUGCUCAUGUUAAUGUAUAUAAAGGUUGUACAGAUUAUUUGAUGGAUUCUCAUCGUGCAAUAUCUUGAAUCUCAAAGUUAUGGAGAAAGCCAAGUGAUAAAAAGGAUAUUAUUUUUUAUUAAUAAACUAGUUUAUAAUAACUAAUUUAUAUUUAAUAUGCAGCUGUGUUGUAUGAAAGGUAUUAAUAAUCUUGUGAUUUCUGUUUCCCAGGGGAUGUGCUAAAGAGCGGGUAGUAAGAUUGGUCACUGUACAUCAUAAACAUUGUAGUGCAUGCAUGUCAGUGUAUAACUGGGUACAUAAGAUAACCCCUAAUUUUCAAGUUGAAAAUUAAGAUCUAGUACUAUACGUACUUGCUACAUUGGACAAAUCAAAUGAUACCACCAUGAAAAAUGCCAAUGAGGAAGUGAGUGUUCAGAAUUAUCCAUGUGCAGUUGUUCUGUGAUUUUCUUUACGUAAGGAUUGACGUAAAGUCUGUGAACAGUUAGGCUGAUGUUGACUUAAAGUUAACAACUUUUGACUUUGGCGAGUCGGUAGAAUUUUUAGUGGUUCAGUGACGGCACAGUUGGAAAUCGCAAGAAUUACCAUCUUAGAAAUAUAACCAGAAAAUAUUCUUGCUGUGAGCAAAAGUCACUUUAUUCAAUCAUGGAAUCAAUCAUCGAGUGGCAGAAUUCUGCCAGAAGCUUUCUUGAGAGCAAAUCUGCACACCACAUUUUGGCUUGAAAAUUUUAUUUAAGUAAUGACAAUAAACUAUCUAAUUGACAUAAAUAUAAAUGUAAAAAAAUUACAAUAAAAGUUACUUAAAACAUAAAACAAAUAGAACAAUAACAGAAACAAACAAAUGGUAUCAAUAAUGAUAUGACAAGGGUACCUUAGUAGACUUAGAUGUUCUUAAUAGUGGGCUUAAGCAGAGAGAAAUAGAAUGUUUCCAUGAAUGGAAGGUCGGCCCUGAACCGAGCUUGGUCAAAGACUGCAAAGAUGGUGCACAUAAGCAGGUGGUUGUGUGUGUGAGUGUGACACUGACAGGGGGGCUGGGGAUGCAAUGCCUGUUCAGGCUGGAGUUUGUGAGCGCUUGUUUUUAGGUGUCAUUCUGUUUUUCCAAUACAUGAUGGCUGGCAGCUGUCACACAUUUAUUUGUAAACAACAGAUAAUUUGUUUUGUUAUUAAUUGAUGAGAUAAUACCAACAUAAAACAUUAUUGACAUAUUCAUUGUGCCCUUUGCAUUUAGUAGAUAUGUAUAUAUGAAAAAAUGUGGAACUGCAGUAUAAUAUGUUUGAAGAUGCAAACCACUGUUCACCACAGAUUUUGAACUACUUAACAUUGUGUACUUAGUAUGCUAGGAUGCAUCCAGCUGCUUUGAGGGUCCUUUUUUUUUUACAUUCAAAUGUUGUCUUAUAACUGACAUACAAUGUAUUAUCAGCAACUAAUUAGUACAGCCAAGGUGUGGGAACAAGUAAUAAGUUAUCACUGAACUACUGAACUAGUCAGUACUAAUAUUCUUAAUUAUUGUUACUGUCACUGUUACUGGUAAUCCUUUUUUCUUUUGUCAGAUUUUCAUAUAUAUAUAUAUAUAUAUAUAUAUAUAUAUAUAUAUAUAUAUAUAUAUAUAUAUAUAUAUAUAUAUAUAUAUAUAUAUAUAUAUAUAUAUAUUGAUUGAUUGAUUUUAUAAUCUGUUAUAAACUAUUAUCCAAGUGUAUAAGCUAUAGAGUGAUGAGUGGUCUUCAUCUAAACAGACAAGUAUUCUUUAUAACAAUGCUCACCAUUUGUAAAAUGGGCUUACUAAAACAAUGUAGAGAGUUAAUGGUCUCAUUGAUCUGUUUUACACUGAAUAGUGCAAAUCAUCAUCAUCAUCAAGACCGAGUCUCUUACAAUAGUGAUAUAUAUAUACAACACAGCCAGAAUUAAGGUCAUUGUUAAUCACUUAAUGAAAUGGUCCACAUGGUCAACAGAGAUCAAAUUGUGGAACAUGAAAUUGUCUGUUUGCUGUCAGUCAGCCAAUGGUCAUGCAGCGCCAAGUCCCGACAAAACUCGCCUCACUCACGACCUUGCCAUCGCUUUCAUCUCAUGUACAGACACACACACACUGUGUGGUGCCAUGUUUCUACUUACCAUGCCUGAUCUCAGAAACUGACUAAGGAUGAUGAUGUUGAUGAUAUGGCAUUGUAUUUUUUUUUUUACUAACAUAUUGCCAGAUCUUUGAUUUUACACACAGUAUCUGUUUUAAACAGCUCCCAGUCUUGAUAACAUGAAAUAUGUAUAAUGAUCUUUGUGAUGCAUUCGAGUUAUUUUCUCCCAAUUUACAAGUACAGUACCCACAAACAAUCAGCAGAAUACAGAAAGUUACUUGUUCUCCCCCUCCAACAUACACACACUUUCUUUUUUCACAUCCAUCUUUCCCUGCAAAGCCCAAUCUCUCUGCUAGCUUUCCUCUACCACUACACAAACCCUAUCUUUCUCUCUACACACUUCUCUUGUAACACCAUUGUUUUGAAGUACCACUACCAUUUGACCCAAGACCCUUCCCUCCUUUGCAAACCUCAUUCCUCCUCUGUAACCACUCAAUUACAUACAUAUUGUGAUAAUGAGCUUGGUAGGCUUGAUUAAAAUUGCCAUGAUUCAACAUUAGUUUGCAUGGAUCCUGCCUGUAAGACGUACAGUACAUGAGUGUUGCAAGGCCAGGAUGCAUACCAGAGGCUUGUUGUUGGUAUAGAGGUUUAGUGUGUUAAGCUGGAAUGUGGUUCGAAACAUAGACAUUACUUUAUACAGGCAAAAUCCAUUUUAUGAUCAUAAUGUUGUCUUGGAAACCCCAUCUUAUAGUGGUGUAUCGAAUAUUGACCCUAUUUUAACAUAGGUCCAAUAGAGAUGUGUCCUUGAAUGACCAUAAACACCUUUCAAUAGUAUAAAAUGUAAAUUUUCACCCCUAAAACAAUAAGAGAUAAAGUUUUGAAUUGUUGAGAUAAGACUGUUCAGGAAGAGCCCAGUACACUUGUAUGGGUGAAUACAUUUUUCACCUUAAAUGUUUUGACAAAGGAGGUGUCGCUGUGUAUGGACAUAGUUAUGCAUUAUUUUAAACCUUAUUUUCCAAACUGAAUAAGAAGGAAAUUCCUAAGCGUGAAGCAUGUAUAAAGUGUCCAAGACCAGAAAUGAAGAUCAGUUUGGCAUGUCAUUCUUUUAUUUUAAUUAGGGUACUUGUUUUAAGGACUUUGUGUUUUAUAAUGACUCAUCCAGGAUCAAAUAGGCUCACUGAUGUAGGUAAUUGAUACUGUUGAUCAUAACAAUAUAAUUACACUAACAAAUUAGUGUAAUUUUGUGCAUUUUGAACUACAAUCACUGAUAUUAUAAUAUGUGAAUUGAAUGACUAACUCAACUCUCUCUAACCCGAAGUGCUCAAUUUGCUGUUAAAUGCACUGGUUGCCUAAAUCAUAAUGCAUUAUUUUAUCACUAAGACUGCAAGACUCACUAUCCAAUCAAAACCACUUGAGCUGGUGUGAUGGCUCCUGCAAUAAUUCUCAUCUAAAUAGAUUUUCUAGCUUGAUGCUUUCUUCUCAAUCUUCAUUAUUUCUGGCAGCCAGGUCGCCUUAUUUCCCAGAGAGCUCAGGUUUAGAUUUCAGGUCCACAGCCUGAGAAAAUGGCUGUGGAGUUUUAUAUUAUAUUCUUUUGAUGCGGCAUUUGUCAGUAUGAACGAGAUAGCUUCAUACAUGGGUAAGGCUUGGCAUAAAACAUAAAUAAUAGUGUUUUGUACUCCAUUUCAUACAGACUAAUAGUGAAUCUCCAGUAACAGUAAUGCAUCAUUAACAGUCAUAAAAUAAAUUAACUGGGUAAAAGUUUUGUUGUUUGUGCCUUUCCUGAGUGAGCCACACGUGUCUUAUUUGCUUGCGGAAGUGUUGUUGGAAAGACUUGAACUACAAGUAACGCAUUUGUCACUGACAAUCCUAUGAAGCUUAUUUAUGCAACAAGGUUUAUUUUGAAUUGCUUGUUUGUAUAUGCUGCAGACAAAUGUUUUUUGCUUUGUCUACUAUUUUUUAUUUCAUAAUGUGCAUCAUGUAAUAAGAUAUAUGUCAUAUUAGAGAGAGAGAGAGAAAGUGAGUGUGUGUGUGUGUGCGUGUAAUUCACCCACCCACAGCCUGAUCACGAGCUGGGCUCGCAAUUACCAGCAAGUACCCUCCCAACCCGAGCAAGCUCCUUAUAGUCGAUCUCUGGGUACUGCUGAGACCUUCACACACCCCAUCCCCCUUGCUCAAGUGGGACAGUAACCACUCCUCUGUCAGUGGAAAAAUCCACCUGUGCAGGGCUUAAACCUCUACCUGCCAGACCAUGGAGCCUGGCAGCACAGUGCUCUUCCAGUGAGCUACUGGUGCAGUGUGUGUGUGUGUGUGUGUGUGUGUGUGUGUGUGUGUAAUGUAAAAGUAACUAAUGGUAAAGCUGUAAAAGUAUUUCUAAAAUAAGUGAAUUGAUUCAGCAAAUAUUGUGUAUUUUGCUAUUACAUGAAGUACUGGUAGUAGUGUCAGCACAAUAGACAAGAAUGGUGGGAGAGUGUUCUUUAUAAUUCCUGGAACAUGGAGCUGAAAUAAGGAUACUUGUGUAAGAACCUGUGUAAGGCUGUCGCUUAGUUACAAAAUAUAUACACUUGUAAAUGUAAAAUUGCUGUAUAGGUCUUCCAUUCACCUGCCAGUUUUUGGAACCUCAACACUUUUUUUCUUUUUUUUCAAACUUUAGAUACCACUAUCAAAUUCAUCUCAGCUUUCUUCUGUGUUCAUUCCACAUUCCAUAACAACCAGGCUGUGGCCACCUACAUCAUGGGUUUCAGGUUCAGUGUAGCCUGAUUGGUUGAUCUUGGUUCAUAUUACAGUUUAGGUUUAUGGCUCAUGGCAUGUUUUACACAACAAUAUUAUGUUUGAUAAAUAUUUUCUGUAAUCUAUGCAUAUUAGCAUUCACUUUCUGUAGGUUAAUUUUAUCAUUAUUUAUUCCUUGUAAACUCUAUUAUUUAAUUUAUCUGCUGCAUGAGGUGCUAUGCAGCAGCUGUGAUUGAUUUAUGAUUAGUAAAUGGUAGUCAAACAAGAACUAAUUUACAAAGAAUACAGACCUAUGCCCUAUAGACCAGUUAAUAAACAAGUCAAUGGAAUGUACUAUGUCUCCAGAUAACUUGAUCUCAUAACUGUGACUUUUGAGAGUAGAGUGUUUGCAUGACGUGUUGUGGAGAGUUAGUAUUGCUAAGUGCCAAUCUCCUUUUGUACCAUACUAGUCCUAUGCCUUGCUUUGUAACUGCCUUACUUUUAAGUGAUUUAGGGUUGGCACAUCUGUACUGUGGUUUAUUGCCAAUAUAAACUUGUCAGAUA